AUGGCAAAGAAAGCGUUAUUGAUAGGUAUCAACUACCCAGGAACAGCUGUGGAGCUGCGUGGCUGUGUCAACGACGUCCGUCGGAUGCAGAAAUGCUUGAUCGAACGUUACGGGUUCUCCAACGGCGACAUCACAAUACUGAUCGACACAGACAAGUCCUACAUCCAACCCACAGGCAAGAACAUCCGCGACAAGUUGGAGGACCUCAUCAAAGCCGGGAAGUCUGGUGAUAUUCUGGUCUUUCAUUACAGUGGACAUGGCACGAGACUUCCUCCUGUUAAUGAAGAAUCAGGCGACUCUACCGGGUAUGACGAGUGUAUCACUCCUUGCGAUAUGAAUCUUAUCAAGGACGAUGACUUUCGACAAAUGGUGGCAAAGGUAGAAAAAGGUUGUCAAUUGACGAUAAUCUCGGACUCUUGCCAUAGCGGUGGUCUCAUUGAGGAAGUAAAGGAGCAGAUCGGGGAAAGCCAUGUGAAACCGAUCGAGGAAAACCAUGAGAACCCGCCAACACUUGGGAUUGCUAAUUACUUGCUUAGCAUUUUUAUGAGUUUCUUCGCCGCUUGUGGGAUCUCAAAAACUCAGAGAGACGGUGGAGGUGCCCUAGAAAGCUUUACCGGAGGAGAGACAGAAUCUGAGAGGGAAGAAACCUUUGAAGUAAAAACAAGAUAUAUACCUUUCCAUAUCUACGUUAGCCUUCUCAAGCAGCAAACCGGGGAAACUGAUAUCAAAUCUGGGAGAAUCAGACAGACUCUUGCCAAAUUAUUUGGUGAAGACUCGAGCAUGAGCGGUGACAGAGGUUUACGUGACAUAGGAAACUGCGAGGUUAAUGCAGUUAAUUCUCAAGGCACAAAAGAAUUUGCCAACAAUGGGAUUCUGUUAAGCGGGUGCCAAACAUAUGAGAAAUCAGAGGAUGUUUAUGUGACAAGAACCGGAAAAGCCUAUGGAGCAUUCAGUGAUGCGAUUCAGACGAUAUUGUCGGAGACGAGAAAGGAGAAGAAGAUUACGAACAAAAAACUGGUUAUCAGAGCUAGGGAGAUUCUCAAGAGACAUAGGUUUAGCCAACGACCAGGUUUGUAUUGUCAUGACCGUUAUGUUAAUAAACCAUUUAUAUGCUAA